AUGAUCUAUGGUGAUGAUGAUGAAGACUCCACAGGAUUAACCGACAGUGCAUUUAACAUCAGGCCUGAAAGUGAUGACGAAGCUCCCGUCAAGAUAGGGAAACUCAAGAGCUCCUUAGAUUCCAACACCACGAAGCCUAAUGAAGUCAUUUCUAGCAUGGGUUUAACCCUUAAAAUAGAGAAAGUGAAACUUCAAGAGGUUCGCACUGGUCUUCUAACUAACCAUGCUGAGUUCAAUUCAUCCGUUUUCUCAAAGAUCCCAAAGCUUCAGGAUGACUUAGGCAUGGAGAGAAAAAUCAUGGAUGCUCAUUCUUUAAAGAUUGAAAAGGUGAAAGUCUUGACAGUCAAGUUAGAGAAUACUUAA